GCAUUCUCGAGGACCCAAACGUAACGCCACCAAAGGACAUGUGGAAACUCACCGUUGAUCCUGAAGAUGCACCCAACACGCCAGAACGUAUCACCAUUACGUUUGAUAAAGGAAUACCUGUGAAAGUUGUGAAUCAUAACGAUGGUACCACGAUAGCUGAUCCCUUGGAUCUCUUUGUCUAUCUUAACACUGUUGCACGAAGGAACGGUAUUGGAAGAAUUGACAUAGUCGAAAAUCGCUUCAUCGGUAUCAAGAGUCGGGGAUGUUAUGAAACUCCCGGUGGCACUAUUCUUCGUGCUGCUCACGUAGAUCUGGAAGGUUUGGUUCUUGAUCGCCAGGUUCGAUCUUUGAGAGAUCAAUUCAUUACUCCACAGUUUUCUCAACUUUUAUACAAUGGCCUAUACUUUUCUCCUGAACGAGAAUUCCUUUCUGCGUCACUUUUGGCGAGUCAAAAAUCGGUUAAUGGCGAAAUCAAAUUGAAAUUGUAUAAAGGCAAUGUCAUUGUUGAAGGUCGUAAGUCGGAUACCGAAAAAUUAUAUGAUAUGGAAGAAAGUUCAAUGGAUGUUCAAGGUGGUUUCAGUCCUGUGGAUUCUGAAGGAUUCAUCAAGAUUCAAAGCAUAAGGUUAAAGAAAUGGGGCGAAAGUCCGAUAUCAGCUGUUCUUCAUCUGCCUUCAGAAUUAGACACUGAUCCUAUGACGCAAGAAACAGCAAAUGCGCUUAAGGAGGCAUAUUUAAUCCAUCCAAACAUCAUAAAAUACGUCGAUAUACAUCUCAUAACUGGUCCUUCUUUAUCCGGAAACAGAACCGCAUAUCCUAAACAAUCAAAUUUUUAUAUGAAUGUAGCAAGAUUUUUUGCACGUUCCGAGUUCAUCUUCUACCUGGAUCACGAUACUUGGCCAUCUCCGAGUUUGCGAAGAAAUAUCAAGGAAAAUUCAAGAAUAUUAUUAAGAAAUGAUGUGCUCAUAGUUCCUACCUUCACAUUUAUUAAUAAUACCAUGGAAGAGAAUUUUACGUUUCCUAAUACGAGACGACAAGUUCAUACUUUGGUAAAAGAUCAGAUGAUGGCCAUGCAGGAUUAUGGAUGGGAAUUUAAUCAAGGGCCGACAUGUUUGUCAAAGUACUUCAAGAGUGAAAAACCUUAUAUUAUUAGUGAAUACGAUCUAAAUUACCGACCUAAUUUUGUAUCGAGAAAAAAUGGGCAUCCAUGGUGUACAGAGCGAUUAGGAUAUAACAAAGCAGCAUGCUUAUUUCAAAUUUAUGCCAGUGGAGCAAAUUUAUAUGUACUUCACAAUGGUUUCGCAAUUCAGCAUAAUUUUAACCCGAAUUCUCACACUACCGCUUUCGAGGAUUCGAAAUGGCAGAAAGUUGUGAAUGAUCGUAUGUACAUCAACUUUUCGCGGGAAAUAUGUCUUCUGUACGCGCGACAAUUCGCAGCUAUGGGAAGAUGGAAAUCUCCAGUAUCCAAUCACAUCAAACAAGAAUGUAAACGGGUGCUUAUAAGUUGGGGGAGUGGAUUGUUAAAGGAUAAAGAAUUGGAGGAAUAA